GUGGAGGGCCCUGAUCCGGCCAGGCCUCUGACUGCCGCCUUGCGUCCCCAGCGCCAUGGGGGAGUGGACGUUCCUCGGCUCGCUGCUGGACCCCGUGCAGCUGCAGUUGCCGCUCGUGGGCCGCCUGUGGCUGGUGGUCAUGCUGAUCUUCCGCAUCCUGGUGCUGGCCACGGUGGGCGAAGCCGUGUUCGAGGACGAGCAGCAGGAGUUCGUGUGCAACACGCUGCAGCCGGGCUGUCGCCAGACCUGCUACGACCGCGCCUUUCCGGUCUCCCACUACCGCUUCUGGGUCUUCCACAUCCUGCUGCUCUCGGCGCCCCCGGUGCUGUUCAUCAUCUACUCCAUGCACCAGGCCAGCAAGGAGCAGGCCGGCGCGGACGCCGAGGCCGGGCUGCCGUGUGCCCGGGGCCGCCCCGAGGGCCCGUGCGCGCCCUGCGCCCUGCGCGCCCACCGCGCGCGCCGCUGCUACCUGCUCAACGUGGCGCUGCGCCUGCUGGCCGAGCUGGCCUUCCUGGGCGGCCAGACGCUGCUCUACGGCUUCCGCGUGGCCCCGCGCUUCGCGUGCGCCGGCCCGCCGUGCCCGCACACGGUGGACUGCUUCGUGAGCCGGCCCACCGAGAAGACCGUCUUCGUGGUCUUCUACUUCGCCGUGGGGCUGCUCUCGGCGCUGCUCAGCCUGGCGGAGCUGGGCUACCUGCUCUGCAAAGGCCGCCCGCGCGCCGGGCGCUCUCGCCAGGCGGCCCAGCGCGACAACCGCUGCAACCGCGCGCACGAGGAGGCGCAGAAGCUGCUCCCGCCGCCGGGGCCGCCGCCAGCCCUGCCCUCCCGGCGCCCGGGCCCCGACCCCUACGCCCCGCCCGCCUAUGCCCACCGGGCCGGCGACAGCGAGGGCGGCAGCGGCCGCAGCAAGGCGUCACUGGCCACUGUCCGCCAGGACCUGGCCAUCUAG